UCCUCACUUCGAUUGCCACCCUACAAAUAUAAAUCUCUCUCUCUCUCUCUCUCUCUCUCUCUCUCAAGAAGAUCAGCAUUUCCUGAGCACAUUAGGUUCUUUUCUGGAGACACCCAGAUGAUGAUGGAAUGCUUCAAGCUAUUCAGAGAGAACAAGGAUGGAGAAGGAAAGAUCAAGAAAGAGGAGGAGGUUUUGACCCGGGAUGGAGCUGUCGACCGCCAUGGACAACCAGCGGUGCGAGGGAAAACCGGAACAUGGGUCGCCGGAGUUUUGAUACUUGUGAACCAGGGGCUGGCCACACUGGCGUUCUUCGGGGUGGGGGUGAACCUGGUGCUGUUCUUGACGCGGGUGAUGGGCCAGGACAACGCGAGCGCGGCCAACAACGUCAGCAAGUGGACGGGCACCGUCUACAUCUUCUCCCUCCUCGGCGCUUUCCUUAGCGACUCCUACUGGGGCCGAUACAAGACCUGCGCGGCCUUCCAGGCCAUCUUCGUCCUUGGCUUGGCUGCACUUUCACUGUCAUCAUACAUAUUCUUGCUGAAGCCCAGAGGAUGUGGAGAUGAGCAGACGCAAUGUGGGCCGCACUCGACGUUCGAGACUGCCGUGUUCUACCUCUCCAUCUUCAUGAUCGCCCUCGGAAACGGAGGGUACCAGCCCACCAUCGCGACAUUCGGGGCAGACCAAUUCGACGAGGAGGACCCUAAGGAAGGGAGCUCCAAAGUAUCCUUCUUCAGCUACUUCUACCUGGCCCUCAACCUCGGCUCCUUGUUCUCUAACACCGUCCUCGGUUACUUCGAGGACGAGGGCAGGUGGGCGCUCGGGUUCUGGGCGUCCACGGCCUCGGCUGCGCUCGCGCUGGUCUUGUUCCUCUGCGGGACUCCCCGGUACAGGCACUUCCGGCCUCAGGGCAAUCCUCUCUCCAGGUUCUGCCGGGUCCUGGUCUCGGCGACGAGGAAAUGCAGGAUCAAGAUGGAUCCGUCGGAGGAAGAUCUGUUCGAAGUCGACGGCGGUGAUUGCUCUGCCGGUGGUGAGAGGAGGAUUCUCCACACUAGAGGAUUCAAGUUCUUGGACAAAGCAGCAAUCAUCACACCAGGUGACUUCAUUCAAGAAGACAACAACAACAAGAAGCUCGAACCUCCCCGGAAUAAUCCAUGGCGUCUCUGCACAGUCACCCAAGUCGAAGAGGUCAAGUGCAUCCUGAGGCUCCUCCCCAUCUGGCUCUGCACCAUCCUCUACUCCGUCGUCUUCACCCAGAUGGCGUCCCUCUUUGUCGAGCAAGGCGCCGCCAUGAGGGCCACCGUCGGGGGUUUCCACAUCCCCCCCGCGAGCAUGUCGAGCUUCGACAUCCUCAGCGUCGCCGCCUUCAUCUUCAUAUACCGCCGUGUCCUCGACCCCGUUGUGGCCCGGGUCCGCACCAAGCCCCGCGGCCUCACCCAGCUGCAGCGCAUGGGGAUCGGCCUCAUCGUUGCAGUCCUCGCCAUGAUCGCCGCCGGCGCCGUCGAGCACUUCAGGCUGAAGUCCGCGGACAAGAACUGCUCGAGCUGCGAGGGGUCGAGCUCGCUCAGCAUCUUCUGGCAGGUCCCGCAGUACGUGCUGAUCGGGGCGUCCGAGGUCUUCAUGUACGUGGGGCAGCUCGAGUUCUUCAACGGGCAGGCCCCGGAAGGGCUCAAGAGCUUCGGGAGCGCGCUGUGCAUGACAUCGAUCUCGCUCGGGAACUACGUGAGCAGCCUGCUGGUGACGAUGGUGAUGAAGUUCUCGGCGAGGGACGACAUGCCCGGCUGGAUCCCGAGGAACUUGAACAGAGGGCACCUGGAUAGGUUUUACUUCUUGCUCGCCGCGCUGACGGCGGCGGAUUUUGUCUUCUAUCUUCUGUGCGCCAAAUGGUAUCAAUACAUCGAGUUUGUGAGGCCAAGCUCGAAAAGCGACGGCGACGGCGAUGGCAACAAUGUGUGAAGAGAAUAGAUAAGUCGUGAAGACAAGAGAAUGGGUCAUAGGGAAGUGAAUUGAAUGGGGAGUUAUG